GCCGUUAAAAUGGCCGUUUCAAACAUUAUUCUUAGCGUGUUUUUGGGUUCCCUCUCUCUCUCUCUCUCUCUCAGAUCUUCUUGUCGAAGAAACUUCAUUGGAACAACGUUUGUAACAUCGGCAGUUCCUAUUUGAAUCUUUGACAUUGUCAGCAAAGUUUGGUUUUGUUUAAUUGGGCAUCGAGAAUUAGACUGGGGAUCCGGAAAUUACCUUAAGAAGUCAAAAUAUCUGUUGAUUUAGAUGCUUGGUUGCGACGGAUUGGCAGGAGUUCUUAUGAAGAGAGAUGGGACUAGUGAGCUGGAUGUGUUCUAUCCGGUUAGAUCAGAAUGUCAAGCCGACGUCCCGAAGACCCGUUUUAAGCUCAGGGCUGGAAAAACCCUUAGUGCAAGAAGAUGGAACUCUGCAUUCUCUCAAGAUGGGCAUUUGGACAUUGCAAAAGUGCUUAGAAGGAUUCAACGAGGGGGUGUUCAUCCUUCAAUCAAGGGGGUAGUUUGGGAGUUCUUGUUAGGCUGCUUUGAUCCGAACAGCACAUUUGAAGAACGGCGUCAGCUCAGGGAACGGCGCAGGGAGCAGUAUUGGACCUGGAAAUCCGAAUGUCAAAAGAUGGUUCCAGUUAUUGGAAGUGGAAAGUUAAUUACAGCACCUAUCAUUGCUGAUAGUGGCCAAACAAUAGAAAAUUCUUCAACACAAAGUGAUUUACAAGAACAGAAUGGUGGGCAGGUCAAUAAUGCUGUAUCAGACAAGAAAGUGACUCACUGGAAGCAGGCUUUGCAUCAAAUUGGUCUUGAUGUUGUUCGCACAGACCAAACACUUGUCUUUUAUGAGAGUCAAACUAAUCAGGCAAAACUUUGGGAUGUUCUUGCCAUUUAUGCUUGGAUGGACAAUGAUAUAGGUUAUAUUCAAGGAAUGAGUGAUAUUUGCUCGCCAAUGAUAAUUCUUUUGGAAAAAGAAGAAGAUGCUUUCUGGUGUUUUGAGCAUGCAAUGCGAAGACUGAGAGAAAACUUUAGAUGCAGCACAAGUUCAAUUGGGGUGCAAGCUCAGCUGAGCACACUCUCGCAGAUAAUCAAAGUCAUUGAUCCAAAGCUUCAUCAACACCUUGAGGAUCUAGAUGGUGGGGAAUAUUUGUUUGCAUUCCGCAUGCUGAUGGUACUUUUCCGGAGAGAGUUUUCCUUUGUGGAUGCGUUGUAUCUUUGGGAACUGAUAUGGGCUAUGGAAUACAAUCCAAACAUCUUCUCAUCAUAUGAGGCGUCAACAAAUGCUGGAGAUAACAGCGUUGCACCCGAAAUAAAUGAAAAACUGCUGCAGCAAUUUGGAAAAUUUGAGAGGAGGAAUGUAAAGACUGGAAAUAUUGAGAGACAUAGGGCACUUGCUGUUUUUCUUGUUGCAAGUAUUCUUGAGACAAAGAAUAAGCGACUUCUAAAGGAAGCUAAGGGUUUGGAUGAUGUUGUCAGGAUUGUGGGUGACGUAACUGGAAAUCUGGAUGCUAAAAGGGCGUGUAAGGAGGCGUUAAAGAUUCACAAAAAGUAUCUGAGGAAGGCCAGCAAGUCAUAGGUAAUGCUUAGCAUCAUCAAUCACCCCAAUCUUUACAUGCUUCAACGAGGAUGCAUUGGAGCUCACUUUGCUCAGAGUUGCAGGUUUAGUACCCGAGAUUUGUUGUGAUAUGCUUCUGCAGCAUCAUGGAGCUUUUGAGUUUUAUUUGAAAAGGGUUUCGUUUGAAGGUGGUCCAUGUAUUUCACUUCUUUACUUUCCACACUUCCUUCUCUGGUUUAGACUACUGUCUUUUUAUUACUUUUAUUUUUACCAUCUAAGACAGUUCAUAUUAUUUAUUUCUUGCAUAAAGUUAAUUGCCAAAGAAAGAAUAUCAAACAAAAUAUGGUUAGAGUAUUAUAUUGUCAGAGAUAUUCUUUCAUUCGGAGCAUUAAGGAUGCGAGGAGGUGGUGAUGAUCUAUGUUGGCGGGCUCAUUUGGAUUCAGAGGUGAGAUGAGACGGUUUUAAAUAAAAGUUGAAUAAAAUAUUGUUAGAAUAUUAAUUUUUAAUAUUAUUAUUGUUUUGGAAUUUUAAAAAAGUUAAAUGGAAAUUUGAAAAAAUUGAAUUGUUUAUUA